CUGCGAGUGGUCGGACCCUACUGAAGGGAAGGGGCGCAAAGAGAAGGGAGGGGGGCGGGGGCGGCUCAGAUGCUGGACCCAAUGCGUGGGCCAUAUGCAAAUUGCAUGCAAAUCAGCGAGAGCAGAAGCGGUGACCUCUCGGCGGCGGGACCCUCGGGGGGCUCCCAGGCCAAGUGGUCUGGGGGCCGGGCACCUCGGGUCGGGCCCACCUGAGGGAGAGGCCGAGUUUACAAGCCCGCUUCCCUAACCCUGGUCUGGCUCGGAGUCAAAGAGGGUCCGGGAGAAAGAGCUCGCCGUCCUCGGAAAGGGGGUCACGCCCCUCACCCCUUCCCCCGCCGCUCCCGCCCCCACCUCAGUGUCCGUUGUUGGGAAAAGAGGUGUCGGGUUGCCGCCGCGGGGGCUAUAGUUAGCCGCGGACUUUGUUUAUCUGGGACUCCGGGGACGUCGCAGCGCCCGCCCAGACUGGAGCCCCGCGCCUCCUCGCUCCUUCCCGCUCUCCGCCUCCGCUAUCUCCUGGUGGGUCCCCGGCCCCCGCCCCCUCCCCUCUCCUAGCUGAGCCAAAUUACGGCUCCACCUUGACCGUUGCAAGAAAGUCCCCGGGCAGAAGAGGCGGAGCCUGGGGGCGUCUGGGAGUCUGGGGAGCGGAGACCUGGGGAUGCGCUCCUGCCGGUAGACCAUCAACUCCAAGCCCCGCCCACCCCCUUAGGCGCGCCCUUGGCCCCGCCCACGCCCCGCCUGGACCCGGGGUCCUGGACCAGGGACCCCGUCCACCGCAGAAGGCGGCCAGCUCUCGUCAAGACUCACCACCGCUGGUCCCACCCUCAUCUGCACCUCGCCCUCCUGAGUCUCCCCUAGGAAUGAUGCUGGCAGCUCUGCUGAUCGCUCUCGGCGGCCUCAGUCUGCACACCCUCUGGCAGGCUCAGGCUGUUCCCAUCCUGCCCCUGGGCCUGGCUCCAGACACCUUUGAUGAUGCCUAUGUGGGCUGUGCGGAGCAGAUGGAGGAGAAGGCAGCCUUUCUGCUAAAGGAGGAGAUGGCCCGCCACGCCUUGCUGCGGGAGUCCUGGGAGGCAGCCCAGGAGGCCUGGGAGCACAGGCGUCGAGGGCUCGCCCUGCCCCCUGGCUUCAAAGCCCAGCAUGGAAUCGCUGUCAUGGUCUACACCAACUCAUCUAACACUCUGUACUGGGAGCUGAACCAGGCCGUGCGGACAGGCGGUGGCUCCCGGGAGUCCUACAUGAGGCACUUCCCUUUCAAGGCUCUGCAUUUCUACCUGACCCGGGCCCUGCAGCUGCUGCGGGACGGUGGGGGGUGCCACAGAGGAUCUGGGGAGGUGGCGUUCCGAGGCAUGGGCACCCUUCGCUUUGAACCCAAGAGGCUGGGGGACUCUAUCCGCUUGGGCCAGUUUUCCUCCAGCUCCCUGGAUGAGGCGGUGGCCCGAAGAUUUGGUAAUGCCACCUUCUUCUCUCUAAGGACUUGCUUCGGGGCCCCUAUCCAUGCCCUGUCUGUCUUCCCCAAGGAGCGUGAGGUGCUGAUCCCCCCCUAUGAAGUCUUCUUGGUCACCAGGUUCUCCCAGGAUGGAGCUCAGAGCCUAGUGACUCUCCAGAGCUAUAAUCAGACCUGCAGCCACUUUAACUGUGCCUAUCUGGGUGGGGAGAAGAAGCGGGGCUGUGUGUCUGUACCAAGGGGGCAGCCAGACUCAUCCUCCAAUGGGAACUUCUCUCUGCUCCCCUGGAAGACCCUGCUCUUGGCCCCUGGGGGGUUCCUGCUCUCAGGAGCUGGGCCCUGAAAGUCCAAUGCCUGCCGCUCAGGAGUCCUGGGAACUGGCGACCUUCAUCUGAAGAAGGGGGUUUCGAACAGCCUCGAGAAGCAAAGACACGGUUUCGGACCCAGCCCUAGCAGCCAUCUCCCCAAUCAGGAAGUGGGGGGGAUCUGAGGCCAUGGCAGGGUGGAGGGAGGCCCCCUAUGUGGUGGGGACCCCCUAGGACAAGCAAGGGUAGUACUGUGAUGGCUACUUGAUUAAACAGUGUUGCA